CAUUCCAUGACAACAAUGGGCACCCGCACCUUCCCCUCCUGGAAGAGGCUGAGAAGUAAAGAUCAGGAACAAGGAGGAGGAGCAGCUUCCCAGACAUGUAGAGCUUAUGAAGUUUAGGAAGCAGCUUCCCAGACGUGUAGAGCUUAUGGAGAGGUGAGGGAGCCAAUCUCAGCCACAUUCAGCUUCCUGGAGAGAAUGACCAAAGGGCAACGCUUCAACCCACCUUCAGACAAGGAUGGGAGAUGGUUCCCUCACAUCGGGCUAACGCAAAAGACACCAGAAUCCAUCACCAGUGCUACGUCAAAAGAGCCCCAGGGUCCACACUUGCGUCGGCAAGCGGAGGGGAAGCUGCCGCCCAUAUACAAAGUCCGGGAGAAGCAAGCAGUGAAUAACCAGUUCCCCUUCUCCGUGCAUGACAAUCGGCACAGCUUGGAGAACUCUGGAUGCUACCUUGACUCCGGCCUGGGACGUAAGAAGAUCUCUCCAGAUAAGAGGCAACACAUUUCAAGAAAUUUUAAUCUCUGGGCAUGUGACUAUGUUCCAUCUUGUCUUGAUGGUUUUUCAAAUAACCAAAUAUCAUACGUGUAUAAAGAAGCCGUGGUGGUCUCAAGCUUCAGACGCUUUCCACGAUGCUAUAAAGAGAUAUGGAACACUUUUACAUUUCUUCCUGAGCGAAGCUAUACAGAGGUUUUGAAAAAGAAGCCCAAAGUAAGGUUCACUGUUGACAAAAAGGUUGUUUCUUCACUGGAGUCCUAAUCCUCCCAGAAGAUUUUUGAUGAAUUUUGUAAUACUGGUAUUUCAUCAGACAUCCUAAAAGUAUGUUUUCUGAUCCAGCACUACUAUUUAAUUUUUAAAGUACUUUUAUGAUUUUUAUAAUGUCAAAAAACAUUCAAAUCCUUGUGAAAUGAAUAUGUGAUGACAUACGCAUGUGUAAAUAAACUUUUCAGAUGGCCACAUUUACUUUUGGGGAGUUUUGAAAAGUACAUCCUUAAUAUACGGUCACAUUUUCAUUCUGAAAUUUCAAACCAUACAGAGGAAACAAAAGUCCUCCUUGAUUUCACCACAUCUCCAAUCCUGUAUGUCCUCAGAAGUAAGUUAACUACUUGUUUUUAAUCUGCAUUUACAAUCAUAUACAUGUGCAUAACACAUUAAAUUUUCAACAUUACUAUGUUACACAGUGCAAAAUAUUCUACAACUUUUGUUUUGUUCUGUUUUGAGACAGUCUCUGUCUCCCAGGCUGGAGUGCAGUGGCACUAUCUCGACUCAUUGCAACCUCUGCCUUCUGGGUUCAAGCGAUUCUCCUGCCUCAGCCUUCCCAGUAGCUGGGAUUACAGGUGUGCACCACCACACUGGCUAACUUUUGUAUUUUUAGUAGAGAUGAGGUCUCACCUUCUUGGCCAGGCUGGUCUUGAAUUCCUGGCCCCAAGUGACCCUCCCACCUCGGCCUCCCAAAGUGCUGGGAUUACAGGCAUGAGCCACCGCGCCUGGCCUUCUAUAGCUUUCUUUUGAUACUUAAUAAUGUGUCUUGGAAUUCUUGCAGAGUUAUAAGAAUAGACUGAUUUUUUAAAAAAUCGCUGCCUAUAUUCUCAAAUACAAAUUCACUCUGUUUUAAAUAAUUAUCUUAAUAGACAUUUGAAUCAUUUCUAGUGUUUUUGCUGUUAGACACAGUGGUACAUGAACAUGCUUGAUCAGCCUCUCUGGAUACAUGUUUCCCUGCACCUCUGGAGCAGAUAGACUCUGAAAAGUUGCUUUGUUAGUGCUUGGUUGACCGUAAUGCACAAAGUGUUGAGAAAUAAUGCAUUGACUUUGAAAAAGACUGGACCAAUUGAACUCCUACCAACAGUAUCUGUGAAUUUCUGUUUUAUACCCUCUCACAUUAUCAUUUAAAUAUUUAAGGAUAUUUAAGGGGAAAAAAGGUACCUUGUUAUUUUCUUAUUUUGCAUUUCUCUAUUUAUUAGUGAAGUUGAGUAUCUUUUCCCAUGCAGUGGCCUCCUCUAUUUCCUUUCUAUAGACUGACAAUGUCCCCAUCAUUCCAUACCACCAUUUUCUUGUUUAUCUUGAAUUUUUUCCUGUACAUGAAUUUUAGAAUAAGCUUGUAAGGUAAACAAACAAACAACAACAAAAAUAACAUUGCCAAUGUGAUAGGCAUUUCCCCAAAUUUAGCUUUUAAUUUAUGGGAAAACCAACACCUUUAUACUGUAUCUUCCCCUUUGUUUGAAUUUACUUUAUGUCCUUCAGUAAAGUUUAUAAUUUUCCUCACAUGGGUCUGAUGUGUUUCUUUUCCAUGUU